UGCGCCUAGCCUUACUGACAACUGAUUUCGAAAUUUAUGAUCCCUACUCAGGAGGAAUGUCACCUGACACAGGCUGUUUCACCUACCACGAUUCUGUUUUUCUUUCUUUUCUUCACCGAAACAGUUGUCUAUAACUUUGUAUAAUCCAUUCCAUGCAGUACUUCGAGCUCAGCCUCCCCAGUGGAGGAAUUGUCUCUGGGCGCCAUACUCUUCCGACUUUGUCGCAAGACCGAGGCCAUCGAACCCCUCUUAUUGUUGCCCUUCAUGGAGGUAGCUACACGAGUCAGUAUUUUGACGUCAACAGUACACUAUCGGCUGGCCCAGUUAGCUCCAUGACGGGUGUGCCAUUUAUCGCCAUCGACCGACCCUGUUACAAGAACACAUCAACCGUUUUGCCCCUUCCUGAAGGAGUUUCAUUCUUCGAGGCAUGGGGAAGGUGUCUACAUUGUGAAAUUCUCCCUUCUUUGUGGCAGAGGUUUGGUGUGCCUUAUAAUUGUGCCGCUGUCGUCCUUCUCUGCCACUCCCUUGGAUCCCCGGGUGGCUGUGUUGCUGCGUCUCUCCACGCCUCAGAAAACCACCAUACAUACCCUCUGAGCGGCAUUAUUCUCUCAGGAUUUGGGAGUGAUAAUGCGUUUCGGAUCCGGAAAGAGAACCAGACACUGUGUCUUGAAGAUGAACCCAAAUCAGUAUCCAUCCCACUCGCCAUUAAAGACUCAACUAUGAUUCCCCUGGGAACUGUACAUCCAUCGGUGUAUAACUAUAGCAAGCUGCUGGAUCACCCGAUGCCGAUCGACGAGUGUCGCAUGGCAACCAAAUGGUUCCCAUUUUGGCGCCACCAAUGGGCCUCCAAUAUAGCUGUGCCUGUGAUGACUGCGCUAGGGGAGCGAGAUUGCGUUUUUAUGCCAUCACCAGAUCAUUUAAGAGACUUUGCGGCUGCAUUUUCGUCCAGUGCUCGCGUGGAUACGAGCAUCAUACCAGGCGCCCCGCAUAGCCUUGAACUCAGCUUCUGGUCUCGGGGAUGGUAUAUGCGGUGCUUUGGGUUUGCACUUGAAUGUGUCGCAUCAUUCGAGAGAGCAGAAGCAAACUAGGUAGAGGAAAUAAUUAGCUGCUCAUCAUUUAGUACUUACAAUUGAGUCCUUACAAGUGGCAGAAGGCCCUGUAUGUUAAGUUGUGAUAUUGACUGCAAUAUGGGCUGUCUGGGUGUGCACAAUAUAUUUUGGACAUGACCCGACGAUUUUUGUAUGAUUGAACCAUCAUACAUGAUCCAACACGGUUUAUAGAAAAGAUAUAAAUAAUAAAAUCUCAGAGUAGC